UUGCCUCAGUAAUUUGUAUUUGUUGUUUUUACUUCAGUGUAAGUAGUUGGAGAUAUUCUCAUUCUAAAAUGGAUAAAAGUAAAUUCAGAAACAUGGAAGACGAGAUGAGCAGAUUCGAGGCGGAAAUAUCGGGCCAAACUCUCAUGACCGAGUACGCUCCCACGUACAUUCCCGGUUUCGGGGCUAUCCCUCCACCGCCGACGCCUCCGAUGCUCAUUCCCCAUCAAGUACACAUCAGCAAAGCGGGCAGGAAAUACGACCAUUGUUUCACAUCGAACACCGUAGCAUCCCAGCCGGCCGUAGUCUCUGCAAAGCCCACCAUGUACGCGCCCCCUAAACUCACCGUCAACACGUCCACUCAAGCCACCACGCAGGCCAAUUCGAUGGACCUAAUCGCGUUGCAAAGCGAGGUCGAGAAGAAAUUGAAGAAGCUGAAGAACGAGAAAAUCAGCGCCGAACUGGCCAUUUCGCAAGGAAAAGCGAGCAGCGCGUUGCAGUCGUUCGGGCCAGACGAUUACAAACGGAAGGGUAGCAAGAACAGGAAAUUGAUGAGGACUGCUGGGGGACAGACUUGGGAGGACACGUCCCUGGCCGAUUGGCAAGACGACGAUUUUCGCAUAUUUUGCGGGGACUUGGGCAACGACGUCACCGACGAGCUGCUGACGAGAACUUUCAACAAGUUCCCUUCGUUUCAAAGGGCGAAAGUGAUCAGAGACAAGCGAACCAACAAGAGCAAAGGGUACGGGUUCGUUAGUUUCAAAGAUCCCGCCGAUUUCACUAAAGCUAUGAAGGAGAUGAAUGGUCGAUACGUGGGUAGCAGGCCGAUAAAAUUGCGAAAGAGCUCGUGGAGAAAUCGAUGCAUCGAUGUGGUGAAGAAAAAGGAGAAAGAGAAAGUGGCACUUUUGAAUUUGCUUACUUCGGGAAAUGGGCGAUAAGGCGACCUUAAAUUGAUGCUAAAGGUGAACUGUUUUUAUUUAUUAAGUCCAAAGUCAUAUUUUUUUUGUAAAUAAAUACUAAUUUAUAGGAGUAUAUUACAUUUGUCUUCCUAAAAACAUUAACAUAUUCCUUAAACACACUUGUGCUGCUACAAUGUGCAUUGUGAACGUUCCGUUAUAUCAUUUUUUUGUCCUAGUAGUUGAAGGUCCGCCUAAAUCUUCUAAUUCCUGUUUGAGAGUGUUCAAUUCCGCAUCGGGUAUGUAUCGAAUUUCAUCGUCGGUUUCCUGAUGAGGUCGAAUUUCAGCGGAAACUCCGGCGGGAAGACUAGCUUCGAUCGUUCUAAUAACCGUGGAUAGUACGUCCGAUAGCUGAAUGACCCUUUCGUAUAUCUUCAAAUUGUACUGAGCGUGUAGGACUUCGCUCUUCGGUUUCAAAGCAGUCACGCUCAUAUCCUGCGCAGGCACUGCCCAGGAGUCCUCUACGUCUAAAUCCAUAUUUUUGAACAUGUUGUGAAUGAAUUUCUGAUAUUGCUCCAAAACCGGGUAAUCGUAUCCUUUCAGAAACACAUUUAAUUG